GCUAACUCUGCUAGGUAGGAUGAGUGUUCACCUGCUGAGCAGAGCCACGCGUUUGCUUCGUGAUCCGAUGGCCAAAGGUGGAGAACGCCACGGCUCCGGUGUCGGGCCCAUUGUGCGCAGCAUCUCUACGCCUUGCGGGGGCACGGAGGGCGGGCUGACGGAGAGCGGCAGCGGGGUGGCCUGGAACGAAAGCCACCACUGCCGGCUGCUCGCCGGGCUGGUGCCCGACCAGUUCCAGAUGUGCCGCAGGAACCUGGAGGUCAUGCACAGCAUCGUCCGGGCCGCCCGCCAGACCAAGAGCGUCUGCCAGAAGACUUUCACAGACAUGAGGUGGAACUGCUCCUCCAUCCAACGUGCCCCCAGCUUUGGCCCUGACCUGCUGAAAGGAACCCGGGAAUCCGCCUUUGUCUACGCGCUGGCUGCUGCCGCCGUCACGCACUCCAUCGCCCAAGCCUGCACCUCGGGAGAGCUCCCUCUCUGCUCCUGUGGCCCCAUCCCCUCGGAGGUCCCGGGGCCGGACUUCAGAUGGGGCGGCUGCGGGGACAACCUGCGCUACGGCCUCCAGCUUGGCACCGCUUUUGCUGACAGUCCCUUAAAAUCCAGCAAACCGGGGACACAAGCGCUCAAGGCCAUGAAUCUGCAUAACAAUGCGGUGGGCAGGCAGGUGCUGAGUGACUCCCUGGAUACCAAGUGUAAGUGCCAUGGUGUUUCAGGCUCCUGUUCGGUGAAGACCUGUUGGAAGGGACUGCCAAACCUGGAUGAAAUUGCCUCUGACCUCAAGUCCAAGUACCUGGCAGCCAUCAAGGUGACCCACCGGCUUGUAGGGCCCCGGAAGCAGCUGAUUCCCAAAGAAACGGACGUCAGGCCAGUGAAAGGGACAGAUCUGGUUUAUCUCAUCAACUCUCCCGACUACUGCACGCCAAAUCUCCACCUGGGGUCUCUGGGGACCCAGGAUAGGCAGUGCAACAAGACGUCCCUGGGCAGCGACAGUUGCAACCUGAUGUGCUGCGGCCGCGGCUACAACGCCUACACGGAGGAGGUGGUGGAGAGGUGUCACUGCAAGUAUCACUGGUGCUGCUACGUGGUGUGCAAGAAGUGUCGGCGGAAGGUGGAGAGAUACGUCUGUAAAUAACGCCAGAGGCGUCGCGGCAGGCGGGAGGACUCUUGCACUGGUAUCCUCCGGAGCACAGCUGGAGACCAAACGCCAGCCGCAUGGGAUGCUUUGAGCUAUGGCAAGAAGAGGGCUGUGCGGGAAGCCUGGGCUCUCGCAUCACCACAGAAGAUCUCAAACUGAGAGGUGCCAGGAAGCCUGAGACCGGGGGCCGACCUCUGCUCCAUCCCUCCAGAGCAAGACAAAGGGCUGCCCUCCUGCAGCUGAUGGGGAGCAUCCAGCCCUCUGUCUCCAGCUGGGGACAAACCAUUUAUCACUCCACAUGCACAGGCCCUUUUCUCCACGGGUGAAUGGGGACCCUGGGCUGCCAUUGUCUCUUUGCAGGAGGUUUCUGACAGUGGCCUGAAAGCCAGGAGUGAUGGAUGGGAAGGGGGAAGAGAGUCAUCCGUUGGGAGAAGGCUGCAGGGGAAGAAAGCUGCUUCGGGUGAGGGGGUCACGGGCAGGUUUCUGCUGUGGGCUCACCCAACACCACUGAAUGUUCCUCCUCAGGGGCAAAUACUGGUCUGGUGAUGCAGCAGCAUCUGAAAUGAAGACCAUGCUUGGACACAGGCGGAAUCAGUUAUUGCUCCAGAACUCAUCAAUCCUCCCCAUGACCUGCAUGGAGAUUGCCGCUGCUCUCACAGUAACGAGCCUUCGUCUUUGACUGAUGAUGGCACGCAGACCCAGGGCCAGGAGCGGGCCCGGAGGCUGCCGAAGCAGGGCAGCGUGGCAAAACGGCACCUAGCAGCCUUGUGCUGACAAGGCAGCCGUGGCAGCACCGUAGCUUCUGCCCUCUGGGCUCGUGCUCGAGGUGGAAGCCCGCUCAACACGUGGCACACUCGUAGCUUGUCCUUCCUGCCCCUCCUUCUAGACCGCUAAGGUCUUCAGCCCACCCCUUCCACCCCUCAAUACCAGGUGUGCUGGCACUCUGGCCUGGAGGGGGGACGCGACUGCGGGGUCCUUGGAAAAUAAGAACGAACCUUUUGUCUCUGUACGUAAUGUAAGUGGG